AUGGUUCCACCACCUCCUCCUCCUCCUCCGCCUCCUCCGGGUGGAUCGAGCGUUCCAAGCCCUCCAAAACCUGCUGCAAGUGUAAUGCAAGGUCGUGAUGCUCUAUUAGGCGAUAUAAGGAAAGGUGCCAAGCUUAAGAAAGCUGAAACUAAUGAUAGAAGUGCUCCUGCUCUCGGUGGGGGUCCAGUGGUCAGUUCUGGUCCAAAACUGAGCUCUCAUGGAGCUCCAAGUAUCCCUGAAUCGAUGUCAGCCCCUCCUAUUCCUGGUAUGGGGGCUCCACAGCUGGGGGAUAUACUAGCGGGAGGAAUUCCAAAACUCAAAUCAGUGCAUAAAUCAGCUGGCGCUCCUUCGAUACCUGGUCAGGCUCCCCCAUUUCCCUCUGGAGGAGCACCUAGCAUACCAAAAGUUCCAAAUUCAAGUGCUCCGCCUAUUCCUGGUAGUGCACCAGCAAUACCUUCUGCUCCUGCUCCCUCUGUUCCAAGUGCUAGACCCAAGAGGAGAUCCCAUCAGAAAAAGAGCUCAAUUUCUAGUGUAAAUGUUAUAGAAAUGCGGUACCUUCUAUUCCAGCAACACCUGCACCAGCCCCUCCUGCUUCUGCGCCUCCGUUGCCAACCUUUCAAGCUCCACCAGCUCCACCAGCUGCACCAGCUCCACCAGCUCCACCAGCCUCCACCAGCUCCACCAGCUCCAUCAGCUCCACUAGCUCCCCCCAGCUCCUCCAGCUCCUCCAGCUCCUCCAGCAGCGAUCCCCCUCAGAAAGAAGACAAAUCGACCCAAAAUAUAGCAUCUGUAUCACAAUCGUCUACAGGUCUUCCGUUCCUAGCUGAAAUUAAUGCUAGAAGGUCGGAUUCGGGAUCUGUCACUGGCUCGGUUCCUUCAUUGCCAUCACAAGCACCUCAAUUAGAUGCACCUCCAUUACCAUCACAAGCACCUCCAUUACCAUCACAGGCACCACCUUUACCCUCACAGGCUCCUCCAUUACCUUCGGGGGCCCCUCCAAUGCCAACUAAAAGACCUUCAACUUCAAGGCCUUCCGCACCGCCUCCGCCUGCUCCACCAGCUCCACCUAUGUCUUCAGCGCCUCCUGCUCCGCCUGCUCCCCCUGCUCCCCCUGCACCACCUAUGUCUUCAGCACCGCCUGCCCCUCCAGCACCUCCAGCACCUCCAGCUCCACCAUUCUCAGCUGCUCCAUCGACCCCAAUAGCACCACCUGCACCACCGGUGGCCCCUCCCACUCCUCAGAUCAGUAAAGCCAAACCUUCCAGUCAGAGAACUCCGGCUCCAGGUGGUCCUCUUCCAUUCUUAAGUGAAAUACAGAAGAAGCGAGAUGACAGGUUUGUUGUGGGUGGAGACACUGGAUAUACUACUAAGCAAGAGCAAUCGGAUGCGGCAGCGUCCACAUCGAGCUCAGCUACCGCACCUGCUCGUGAAGAUAAACCUAUGGGUCAAAUGUCAUUCUUGGGCGAGAUUGAAUCCAGAUUGAAGCAACCACAUAGUGGAGCAAAACCCCCAUCUAUUCCACAACCACCACCACAACCAAGCAGUGCACCUCCUCUCCCCAAGGCAGCUGCUCCAGUCCCAUCUGCUCCUCCUGCAGUUCCAUCUGCUGCUCCUGCAAUACCUCCACAGCAAGGAAGUUCUUUCCUCGACGAAAUUCAAUCUACUUUGCAACACAGCCGUAGUGAUUAUUCGACUCCGGCACCUUCACCACCCUCAAUGGCUCCCUCAGCUCCACCAUUACCGUCAGCUGCUCCACCAUUGCCUUCAGCUGCUCCACCAUUACCUUCAGCUGCUCCACCACUGCCUUCUACUAAUGCAUCCAGUGCUCCUACACCACCACCGGUAGCACCUUCUCCAAAACCAGCGGUGACUAUACCGAAUACAACGCCAUCGACUCAUGUUCCUAGCACUACAAAAGCUCCUCCGCCACCUCCCACGAUGGAGGCAUCGACUAACACAAAGCAAAGAUUAUUUUCAUCUGGUACUUCAUCUUUUAGAGGUACGAAUGAGCAUACCAACGCCCCGGACAUUGAAGUUGGGCAACUCACCAUCAAUGGCUCUAGUUCCACAUCGGGUGUCAAACUCAAUAGCGGUAAAGUUGUCAUUGACGAUUCGAGGUUUAGAUGGACAAAUGCUUCGCAGAUACCGAAACCUAGACCUUACCAAAACAAGACGAAACUUUACCCAAGCGGUAAAGGCAGCAGUGUGCCGCUCGAUUUAACUUUAUUCGCAUAA